AUGGCCCUUUGGCCAUUUCGCAGGAAGACGGUGCGCUCGCCGUCGCGCCCCUCCCCCGUCGAUGACCGCGGAACUUCUCCAACGCGUAACCAGAUGGAAUCGAUUCGCCACACUGCAAGCCGUAACGGCCACGCCGGCACUCCCGCUCCCAGAGCCAGCGUUCGGAAGAAGCAGCGCCCCGAGCCCAACAAGCUCCAGAGACGCGCCAGAACCUAUAGCUUCUCACCCAACCGGCACGAAACGAUUCGAGUCGGUAGCAGAGGCAGACCGCAGCAGUCACAACAUUUCGACAGUGAUUCUGCCUGGACCCGCGCUCCAACUCUAUAUCUGAAGCGCGACCCCAACCACCCCCCCAUUGCUAGGCGUAAAAGUAGCAAGCGACGCCAUGAAGACCACGAGCGAGAGGCAGAAAUCAAGGCCAUGAGUCACCACAUGCCCAAAGUGCCCACCGACCGCCUACAACACGGUAGUAGCAAGCACAGCAUCAAGAGGAGCAAAACGAGUCAGCAUUCUGACCAGAUAAGCAAGAGAACUUCAGAGCUCUCGCUGCCUCUACCAGACUCUAUGCAAUCCAGCUUGUCUGGAGAUUCUGAUAUGACCUCAUACAAGGUGUCAAUUUUCGACUCUCUCGCUCCCCGACCAACUCUUCGCUAUGGCACUGGUGUCAAACGCACACCCUCGCGCGCCUCCGCCUCCGCGCACCCUGCCUCGCCCAAGGGGCUACUCUCGGAAGAUAAUACCAUCUCGGAGGAGAUGAUGCAGCCGCGCAAGCGUAUCGAUGACUUGGCUGAUGAUUUGGAUGCCAAGGCGCUCCGUGAGCUGAUGGAUAGAGAUGCCAAGAGACGCCAGCGCGAACGUACCCGAGAGCAAGCCAAGACAAAGAAGAAGAUUGCCGACGCAACCGAGCGCCACAAGCAAGAAGCAGAGGCGGCAAGAAAAUCCGGAUCGCCUUCUCCCUCCAACAUGGAGCGUGGGGUCAUGGGUCGCGAGCUUGUAGGCUUGGGCCUAGAUCCUGCCUCCACGGUUGUCACGUCUUCGCGCCAGCGGGCCUCUCAAUCACCCGAGCUAGCUGUGGCUAGCGAGUCGCAGCCUCCCCUUCAGGUAUUCCAUCGAACCGAUACUCUACCGAGCGAGGACGCCGGUCAGGACACAGAAGCGUCAUCUGGCCGUCCCGUGGCCCAAUCAGUUGACCAAGAGGACUCUGCCCUGAUAGCGCCACCAGCUUCUCGCUUGUCCAGCCUAUUGAAAUCUAAAAAGUCUCGCUCUAAAUCCACGCUCGGGUCGGAAAAGGACAAGUUGGCUGUUCCUAAUGACGAGGAUCAAGCGCGAAAAGGUUCCGAGGCGAGCACAGGCAAACCUACUCGUCUGUCCAUUUCUUCCCUACUGAAAUGGAACAGCAGGAACAAGCGUAGCUCUGGUCCCUCUUCAUUCUCCAAUACAUCGAGAGAGGAGAUGCAGGCAGUAGCUUCAGCCCAAGCCCAAGCCGAAGCCCUUGCCAGACUCCAGGGAGACGAUGUUCGUAGUGGCUCUGCCGACAAUCCACGCAUCGGCAGCUCCCUAUCCGGCAACUACGUUGCCGGUAAAGUUGGUAACGCGCCAAAGCGCACUCGCUCACGAUUCCGCGAGGAUCUCGACGACUUUCCAACUCCGCCCGACUCUCGCGUGCAGUCACCGGAGGCCGAGCCCCCAGUGCCCAGCAUUGCCGAUAGUAAGCAUGACCACGCUACGCAACCUAUUCCCAUCCCGGGCCGCGGAACACCAUACGCAUUUGGACAGCGUUCUGUCGAGAAGUUGCGCGAACGUGCACUGACUGAAGGCUCGGGAAGCUACACCGCGCCUUCACCAGACCAGCAUUUGUCCAUGUCUCUUGCGUCAAUUGAUUCCGAAGGCUCCUGGCUUUCAGGCAACCGACGCUCUGGCACCCUGAGAGAUAGCCUUCUGCGAGCCAAUCGCCAAGCUCAGCGCAGUAGCUCUCCCGCCCAGAGCUUGGACGAGGAGCUGGGCAUCACCGAAGACGAGUACAUGACGCGCCUCACUCCCAACUACCACUCUCAAGGUGCGCAUGUCAGGCGAUCGGAAGAGGGACGCCCCAGCAGUGACGAGGACGAGAGUGACUUGAAAUGGGGUGCGGUCGGUGCCAGGCCGCACUUUGUCCACCGGGUCAACCGUGGGACGGUGCACAGCCAGCAAGCCCUGGUCAACAUUGAUUCUGCAGACGAGGAGAGCAUCAUUGAGGCUUCCACGUAG